AUCAAACGGUGGAUAGCUAUCGGUGACAGCUAUACGGUAGGAAUUAGUGCCGGACGACUGCUUGGCCAUCAGAUCACUUCCGACAAGGUGGCUUUCACAGUGCCUGGAGACCUGCGAGACGCAUCUAAAGCGUACGAUUUACGAUUCAAUCCUCUGUAA